AGCGUUCAACGGACAUUGAUUACAGCCACUCCCCCAGGGUAAUAUUAGCCAAGCGCUCCAGAGCUGCACUCAUUGCCUCCUUGCCUUCUGAAUCCCACCCUUCCCUAUCUGCAGGGUCCAGGCACAGACAGUCUGCAAGGUGUGUGCCAACAGAGUUCGUUCCUACCAUGAAUAAUCUGUUUUACUUGGCCGCGGUUCUCACCGUUUGUGCAGUGCGGAGUGCCAGAGGAGAAGUGGUGAAACCAGUUGAAGAAGAGCUUCUGACAGAUACAAAUAAAAAAGUCAAUGAGCUGUGGAUGAACUUUCUCAACAUGAAGCCGGCGGAUAACGAUGGCAUUGCCUAUGCAACCUGUAGUGUAAGUCCUAGUUCCAAACUGGAAUCUUCAGAGAUAAAAGUGACGGGGCGUGUGCUGUUUAAGCAGGUUUUUCCGACUGGCAAGCUGGAAGCCAUUUUUGAUUUAGAAGGGUUUCCAACUGAUGUCAAUCAGUCAGCAAGAGCUAUUCACAUCCACAAAUACGGUGAUCUAACCGAUGGGUGUGACUCUGCCGAUGGCCACUACAACCCUCAUUCUGUAGACCACCCCCACCAUCCUGGCGAUUUUGGCAAUUUCCUUGUCAGGGAUGGAAAGAUUCAAAAAUUUCUUUCAAAUCUUGAUCCCACUCUCUUUGGUCCAUCCUCUGUCAUCGGCAGAUCAGUUGUGGUCCACAAACAAGCGGAUGAUCUUGGCAAAGGCAACAAUCAGGCCAGUUUGGACAAUGGAAAUGCAGGAAAACGCCUGGCUUGUUGUAUCAUUGGAUCCAGCAGUAAAAAUAACUGGGAAAAGUAUAUCCAAGGAACCUCAGGUUUUCCAGACAGGUAAAAAAUGGUUAAUCAUCAAUCAACUCCAGAAGUCUAGCCCAUGUGUUAGCACAGUGACUUGCCCCGCCCCCCACCUCAUCCUUUCCCAGUGCCCCAAUGGACCGGUCAUUGACACCAGUGUAAAUAAAGGCACUCCAUUGCUGUUCAACAUAUGCACCUAAUAUCUAGACAUUAGCCUUUAUAUGUACUCACUUUAAAAUAAAAAUUGCCUUUACUGAC